AUGGAAACGGAGAUAAACCUAACAAACCUCAUAAAAACAUGCAAUAAAACAAACCAAAAUUCUCUUGAAAUAAUUUCCGAGAAAGAAAAAAUUGUUUUGACAAAUAUACCGGAUUUAGAAACAAAACAGCCAAUAAAUACUAUAACUCUAUCUUCUUACAUAACACAGAAUGGAAAUUAUACAAUUCAGACACCAGAUGAUUAUGAUGGAAUAAAAGAAGUAAAUCUCAAAGUCGAUAUACCUCCCAAAACAGAAGACAUGUUAGUAAAAUUGAUAAACCAGAACGGUCAACAGACCUUCUUACCGGAACCAAAUCAUACCUUCGGUCAAGUUUCAAUAACAACAGAUGUCAAUCCCCCUCUUCAAACACUAUCACACACAUUUACAAAUAACGGAAAUUACCUUCUUAAACCAGACGAAAAUCAUUAUGGUUUAAAUGCCGUCAAUGCAUCAAUAAACGUACAACCUGCUCUACAAACAAAAGACAUAACAAUACAGGAAAACGCAACAGCAACUUACACUCCGGAUUCAAACUACUAUGGUUUUUCAAAAAUUACCAUAACCACGAACAUCCCAGAAGAAAAACAUACAUUCAAUAAGCUAUAUUAUUCGAGUGGAACCGAAGCCUUUCCAAUUAACUAUCCUACCAACAUAAUAAACCUUCCUACAAACACAGAACAGGUUACAUGGUCGGAACUCAACAUUCCUUACUCCGAAGAAACGACACUCGUAAAAUCUAGUCACGCGCUUAGACCGUUUUAUAUAACUCUACUAAGUUCUAAAAGCUGCCUUUCGUUAAAAUUCGCAAAUAAUGGGAAAUUAGAACCCCGAUUCAUAUAUGAAGGAGAAAUCUUCUUAGCUGCGGGGGAAAAGGCAUUACUCGUUCCAAUACUCUUCGCCAAUGCAAUAAAUUGGGGCAGUAUAUUCUUUAUAGCAUCGAACUCUGAUGAUGAAAUGGCACAACAAGAAGAUUCAAUGAAAAUAGCAUUCAGAAAAGAUACACCAUCAUAUUCAUAUUUGCCAACUUCACUUUUCUCGAACCGCUGGAAAGCACUAGGUAAUUAA